AUGCAAAGCACUCAGAGAGUAGAAAGUAUGAAUAGUAUUAUCAAAAAUGAGGUUGACACAAAAACGACACUACUUAAUUUAUGUAAGACUAUUCAAACCAAACUUGAUUAUGAAGCACAACAUCAACGAUUUUCUGAAUAUAGAAAUACAUUAUUUACACAGGGGUUGCCAAGUCUUCAGAGUGUUUUUUUUAAAUCUAUUCAAGAUGAAAUUGAAAAGUAUUUGACAUCUGAAUUAGCAUUUCCACCUAAAGCUCACAAAUACUCAGAGGGGUACCUGGAAGAUGAAUAUGACACAUUACAAGCCUCACUUGAGACUAUUAUAAAGAUGGUGAACUACGAAAAUAUUUUGGAGAUUUGGAGACUUGUACUAAAACAUUGGUAUUUCAAUCCAAUGCAAGAAUCCAGUAUAUCACCAAUUACAGAUACAACUGCAGAACAUGAAACACAAGAGUAUGCAUAUGGCUUUGGCAUUGCUAAAAGUGGGUUAAAAUUUGCCAUUGACAAUGGUUUGGUUGAUGAGUUUGUUAGACUGAUUUCAAGAUUUAUUGAAAACCGUACUGGUGUUAGGUCAAAUUUUGCGCAACAAGAUAGUCUUCAGAAUUUAAAUAUAGAACAAGAAAAAAAUUCAAGACCAAAAAAACAUACUAAUGUUAAAACUGAUGAUAAUAAUAUUAAACUGAAAUUAGGAACCCGACAUU